AGCGGCUCACUCUCAGUUUGUCUGGAGGUUUCUCUUUCUGAAGAUCUCGUUCUGUCUGUCUCUCUCUCUCUCUCUGUAUAACUGUCUGUCUCUCUCUCACUCUCUUUGUCUGUUUGUGUCAUGAUGGAGAUUUAUCGUUAUGGAUUAUUAAUCAUUGUAUUCCUGCUGCUGAUCAACAGUUCACAUUCAGUGUAUGUCACUGACAACCCAGAUUCUCUCCAUCAGGUCCUGUCAGAGUUUAGCAGCGUCCGUCCAAUCAGGACAAACUCAGAGGGGCAUUUCCUGUCAGAUUCCGUCUCCGUCCACCACCUACGACGCAGCAGGAGACACGCCCGCCCUCCUGAAGACACAGUCACAUACACAAAUAGGAAUGUUUUUAACGACGCAUCAACAUUCCAAAAGGUCCCGCCCACAAAAGUGUCACUAUCCAAUCAGACAGGGCAUGGAUGGAGAGGGCGGGGUUACAAAACAGAGGGGGAGGAGCUUUUUUACAAUGUAACCGUGUUUGGUCAGGAGCUCCACCUGCGGCUACAUCUAAACACUCGGCUCGUCGCCCCCGCAGCCACAAUGGAGUGGUGGGAGGAGUCGGGACAGAAACACUCUGAGCCAAUCAGAGACACCGGAUGCUUUUACACCGGAGAGGUGUCCAACAUGGAGGAUACUUCUGUCGCCAUUAGCAACUGUGACGGGCUGGCCGGGAUGAUCCUGAUUGGUCAAGAGGAGUUUUUCAUCGAGCCGUUGGAUGGAAGGAGGACAGGUGGAGGAGGGGAAGAGGAGGAGGAGGGAGGAAGAAAUCAUAUCGUUUAUCGCUCCUCAGCAAUCAUCAAGACACAACCAGCUGUCAAUCAAAGUGCUGACGACUUCCUGCGAGGUCCUCUUUUAGGUUCUCUGAUCCUAAACCAGACUGUGUCCCGGUCCAGACCCAUCUCCGCCCGACAGCGGCGCUACAUUGAAGAGGCUGAACUGUUUAACAUCGAGGUUCUGUUAGCUGUGGAUUAUUCAGUGCUUCUGUUCCAUGGACGAGACCACAUCCAGAAGUAUCUGCUCACACUCAUGAACAUCGUGAAUGAGAUCUACCAGGAUCACUCUUUGGGAGCUAACAUCAAUGUGGUCCUGGUCAGGAUCGUCAUGUUGUCCCCAGCAAAGUCCCAGGAGCUGAUCUCUGUGGGGAACCCUCAGAAGAGUCUGGAGAAUGUAUGUGGAUGGUCCUACCUCCAGCAGAGAGAGCAGAGUCACGCCGAGCAGCACGACCACACCAUCUACCUGACCAGGCAGGAGUUCGGUCCCUCUGGCAUGCAGGGUUAUGCUCCGGUCACAGGGAUGUGUCACCUGCAUCGGAGCUGCGUCCUCGUCAUUGAGGAUGGUUUCUCCUCAGCCUUCGUAGCGGCUCAUGAAACAGGACACGUGUUAGGGAUGGAGCAUGAUGGCGAGGCUAACGACUGUGAGGAUGACGUGGAGUUGGGAAGCAUCAUGUCUCCACGAGUUCAGGCCACCUUUCAUCGAUACCACUGGUCUCGCUGCAGCUGGAGGGAGCUGCACCAGUACCUGCAAACCUAUGACUGUCUCCGUGACGACCCGUUUAACCACGAUUGGCCCGCUCUACCUCAGCUGCCGGGCUUUCAGUACUCCAUGGACCAACAGUGUCGUUUCGACUUCGGACCGGGAUACAGUCUGUGCACUGCAUACACGACCUUGGAGCCCUGUAAGCAGCUGUGGUGCAGUGCGUACAACAACCCGUUCUACUGUAAGACCAAGAAAGGCCCGCCGCUCGAUGGGACCAAGUGUGGACCAGGGAGGCACUGCUUUAAAGGUUAUUGCAUGAGGCUGACCCCCGACAUGCUCAGACAAGAUGGCGGCUGGGGAACAUGGAGUCCAUAUGGGAGCUGUUCCAGGACCUGUGGAGGCGGGGUCAGGUUUCGGACUCGCCGCUGCGAUAACCCAACUCCAGCCAACGGGGGGCGCACCUGCUUCGGAAACAGUUACGAGUUCCAGCUCUGCAGCCAAGAAGAGUGCCCCCCCCUCACUGACUUCAGGGAGGAUCAGUGUAAAGUCUGGAAUCCAUAUUUCGAACAUGAAGGAAUGAAGCAUCACUGGCUGCCUUAUCAACACCCUGACCCUGACGAGCGCUGCCGUCUGUUCUGUCAGUCCAAGGAGACGGUGGCCGUGGUUUCCAUGAACAGAAUGGUGCAUGAUGGGACGCCGUGUUCCUACAGCGACGCCCACAGCGUGUGCGUGCGAGGAGAGUGUGAGCAUGUGGGCUGUGAUGGACAGAUUGCGUCAGACCAGCAGGUGGACCGAUGUGGAGUCUGUGGAGGAGAUAACUCCAGCUGUAAGAUCAUCAAAGGAAACUUCACCCGCAGCACCAAGAAAGCAGGUUACCUGAAGAUCCUGGAGAUCCCUAAAGGAGCGCAUCACCUGCUGAUCCAAGAGUUCAGAGAGACUCCUCACAUCCUGGCUAUGAAGAACCAGGAGACGGGUCACCUCUUCCUGAACGAUAAGGACGAGCUCCCUGACUCUCGAGUGUUGAUUGAGAAAGGUGUAGUUUGGGAGUACAUCAACAAUGAGGAGCAGGAGUCCAUCCAGACCACAGGACCACUGAAAUAUGGAGUCCUGCUCAUGGUACGUUCCCAUGGCGACUCCAAGGUGACAGUGUCCUAUAAGUACAUCAUCCAGGACGGUCUGCGGUCCUCGCUGGAGUCUAACCUGCUGCAGGAAGACGCCAUCUUCUACGAGUGGGCCCUGAAGAAGUGGUCCCACUGCUCCAAACCCUGUGGGGGAGGGAAACAGUAUACACGGUUUGGCUGCAGGAGGAAGGCUGAUGGAAAAAUGGUUCACAGGAUGUUUUGCUCCAACAUCAACAAACCGAGAGCAAUCAGCCGCAACUGCAACAGCAACACCUGCAGCUCGGCACGCUGGGUGACCGGAGAAUGGGAGGACUGCAGCGCCUCCUGUGGUCAGACAGGGUGGCGACGGCGCUGGGUGAGCUGCCAGCAGUUGUCCAGCACAGGACAGGAGGAGAAGGAGAAGAAGCAGCAGCAGCGGUCGGUGCACAGCAAACUGUGUGGCGAGGACCGACCAGAAGGCAAACAAACCUGCAACCGUUUCCCCUGCCCUGCUGCAUGGCGAGCUGGGCCCUGGACCCCGUGUUCUGUAUCAUGUGGAAACGGGACUCAGGAGCGUCAGGUUGCAUGUUCGAGUCCUGAGGGUUUAGUCCAAAACUGCAGCGAACCUCGACCAAUCACAAACCGUUCCUGCCUGGCCCCACCCUGCAGUGGCGACCAGAGGAACUCAAUAAUUCAGUGGUUGUCCAGAUCCAACCCAGACUUCCCAGCUCUAAAGUCCCCCUCCAGGCAGCGCUGCCGUGGUGACCGCUCAGUGUUCUGUCGGAUGGAGGUGUUAAGUCGGUACUGCUCCAUCCCUGGAUACAAGCAGAUGUGCUGCAAGUCCUGCAAUGAGAUAAACUCCAGCAACUCCAGCAACCCUAGUAACUCCAGCAACUCAGGCAACUUCAGCAACGUGAGCACAACAAACCCACCAACCACCAACAUCAGUUCCUGGAGUUUAAUCACAGAAAUGAUGACUGCGUCAACAUCCUCUUGGUCCAACAGCAGCUACAUCAUCAGUGACAUCAUCGGUGACUUCAACAGCACUCCACCUGUUGACAUCAGUGUAACUCAACCUCCAACCAGCAGGAUCAGCACUGACUUCAUCUAUGUGGACUACGAUGAUUAUGACGAUUUUUCUACCUACGAGGAUCCUUAUAUUCCCUCCGACCCAACUGAAAUAAUUUCAAUUAUUACUACAACCACUGCUUCCACUACUACCACUACUACUGCAUCUACUACAAGACGCCCAAGAAGAACUGCCCCACCACAUUUGUUCAAGAGGAAAACUACCACUCCAAUAUUGCCACAUGCUACAGCUACUGCUGAGAGUACAACGUUGGUGCCUGUCAGGACGACAGAGUUCCCCAUCACAACCACUGAUGACAUCAUCACUACAACAUCAGUACCCAACAAAACAUCAGGGGGGCAAAGCCUUCAAACUAAAGAUAAUCAAACAAAAACGAAUCCAACGCCAAUAUCCUCUUUCAUACCGCUCUCCAAGAAGGAGAACAACUCGGUGGACGAGGUUCCAUACCGGAUCGUGGGAUUGGACGGUGACAUCUCCAGAGGACAGCAGAACCACUUUGUACCACGGAUGCCUCCAUUCCGGGAGCGAACACAAAACAAACGCAUCCAGCAGCUCCUGAAUGAGAGACGACGAAAGGACCUUUUGAGGAGGUCCGACGGGAGCCGAGAGGGCAGGACUGACAGGAAACAGGGAAGAUUGUAAAAAACUGGUUUGAAUUUUAUCGUUCACUCACAAUGCCGCAUGUCCAGCUUGCUCACUUCCUGCUAACGCUAAUAAACUCUUCAUGAGAAACAGAAACAGACUGUAGAGCUGAAAAAACAGAAAAACUGAUGAUGAUUUCUUUACUUCUUCCAGAAACCUUUGAAGCUGUUCAGACCAACAGUGAAGCAAGUCUUUAGCCCUUUUCAGAACGCCGUUUCAAGACACAAUAUUUACAUCCCUGUUUCGCCUUCAAUCUAAAUGUCACAGAGGUGUAAUGGGGGGACCAAGUGAUCCCCCCUUCUGUACACCAAUGUUACACCACCGUGGAAUCAAUAUGAAUGUACGUACAAAGACGUGAUGGCAGCUGAGCUUAGUUAGGACGCUUUUGCUGAAAGGCAGUCUGAUUCAGGUAUCUUUAGUUUGAAUGUGGGAUUGUGUGUUUUUGCCGUUGGUUAAACACAACCUUGUAAUAUUGGCCCUUCCAGUUUAACGACCUGUAAGCUAGGAUCAGUACCAGGUCCCAGUUUGAUGACCUGUUAGCUAGGUUCACUACCAGGUCCCAGUCUGAUGACCUGUUAGCUAGGAUCAGUAUCAGGUCCCAGUUUGAUGACCUGUUAGCUAAGAGCAGAACCAGGUCCCAGCUUGAAGACCUGUUAGCUAGGAUCAGUACCAGGUCCCAGUUUGAUGACCUGUUAGCUAAGAGUAGACCCAGGUCCCUGUUUGAUGACCUGUUAGCUAGGAUCAGUACCAGGUCCCAGUCUGAUGACCUGUUAGCUAGGAUCAGUACCAGGUCCCAGUCUGAUGACCUGUGAGCUAGGAUCAGUACCAGGUCUUAGUCUGAUGACUUGUUAGCUAGGAUCAAUACCAGGUCCCAAUUGGAUGACCUGUUAGCUAGGAUCAAUACCAGGUCCCAAUUGGAUGACCUGUUAGCUAGGAUCAGUACCAGAUCCCAGUUUGAUGACCUGUUAACUAGUAUCAGUACCAUGAUUUCUGUGAUGACGUUCUGUUCUGGCUAGCUUCUCACCACCUGUCUCCACAGAGUGAGAGUUUCACUAACAUGUCUCACUAAAGUCUGAAAUCUCUCCGACUGCAGCAACAUGAACCCAAAAUAAAAUAUUUGACUGAUUUAAUGACAAUAAAAAAGGUUAAAAAGAUUCUGAAAGGGUUAGGGGAUGGUGUGGAUUUGUAAAAUGUCUGAAUUCCGUUUUUUGUCAGGACUGUCUUUGUGAUGAAAACACAACUUUAAAUUGAUAAUUUUUUUAAUGGAGCUGGGUUUGACCACUUUUGAUGCCACAUCAGGACGUCAGGUGAAUCUAAAGGCUGACCGACUGACCGUAUCAAGAUUUAAAUGUCUAUAAUGAUCAUGUCACUUCACUUGUGUUGCCUGCUGAAAGUUGAUGUUUUUUAUUUUUUUUCUAAUUGAUCUGCUUUUUCACGCUGCUUGAAACAUUUUGCUUUUCUUUUGGUCUGAACACAACUUUGGGGUCCAUCAGAGCUCUUUUUCUUCAUGCUGUUUGUACGUAAUAAUCCUGUUUUUAAAUAAAGCAAAAUCUCACGCAGCUACUGAUGUCAUCACAACUCACCUGUUCACACCUGGUUACCCUUAAAGUUACAGACCAACAUUCAGGUAAAUCAUAUUCUGCUCGUCACUUCUGUAAGAAUCAGACAUUAAGAUUUAUACUUUUCAGCUGUAGGCUAAAUAUGGAGGCACAGCUGACAACUGGUUAGCAUGGCAUAGCAUUACAGCUAAAAGCAGGGGGGAAAAGAUGGACUGUUCCUGUUUAAAAAUGGUAAAACUGAGGCUCUCAUUCGUUCAGAAUAAAUUACAGUCUCUAAUAUCUCUGUAACUCUUCAUCAUGUUCUCCCUCUAUCGUCCCUGAGUCUAACUCUUAAAGCAUAUAGCUCUGAUGAUCUUCAGACAUAAAACACAGUUAGCUCUUGUUUAGUGUGUGAAUGUGGAGAGAAGCUAUCUGCACCUUUACUCUGCAAAGAGCUGAAAGAGCUGCACUCUCAUGCUGGUGGAGCUGCACUCUCACGCUGACGGAGCUGCACUUUCAAACAAAGCUUCUUCUCUGAAUGGAGUGAGAAAGGACGACUCAAAGACAACAACACUCACAUGGUUGUCAUGGUAACGGCUCCAGAGCGUCUCAACACAUGUGGAUGAAGUCUGAAGCCGCUGAUUGCCUCUGCUUAUAUUAAUAAAAGUCAUGUCAGUCAUAUUUACAGACUUUAUUUACUGAGCUUAUAUUUUCCUUUUUUCUGGAAAGUUUGAGCGUCACAUCUCUUAUAAAUACUGCGGCGCAGUUACCACCAACUCAUAGCAGAUGCUUAUUUUCUCACUCUAACUGUGCAUGGCUGUUAGCUCCCCCUGUCUGUGAGUUAGAGUCUUUUUACAAUGAGGCUGAUUUACAGAGAAAGAGACGAUUGUUCCCCAAAUGACUGAUGAAUCAUUUAAACACAAACAGCUAGCUGUUAGCAGUUAUAGGGAUGCACUUUAGGGAUGUUCCAGCGGACUAAUUUCAAAGUCGGUUAAACGGAAAUUUAAAAAAAAUAACUAAAUAGUCUAAAGGUAAGAAAAGUCUCCAAAUGUUGUCUUUUAGUUUGUUGAGUGUGGUUUACGAUAGCAUUGCUAACACCUCCGGCCUGCUGUCCUCCCUGCAGGUGAACGUCUACGUGUCUGAAUGUGGUCACUCAAAGCUCCGGUCAAUAUGUCAGUUUAACCUGCAGACAACUUUAUCUCCACUUAUAGAUCUAAACACUGAUAAACUGCUCUGAUCCAAGGAGAUGCAUUCUGUUCACUGUGCUUCUUUAAAUCCUUUUAGUAGAGAGACGAGAGCAGGCCCAACCGACAUCAAGGUCCAAAAUAUUAAAGGUCCCAUAUUCUGCUUUUUCUUGUUUUAUAUGCUCUUUAGUGUGUUUUCCAAGUGUCCUGUGCAUGUUUAGGCACAUCUAUGUGCAAAAACUCAAAGUCUGCGGAAACGUGGCUUCUCCUAUGUCCUCCUGUUAGCUGCAGCAUUAGCUGCAUGUAACGCUCGGUUCUAGCCCCCCUCGAUAAAAAAUUGUCAGUGCGACGUCAUUGUCAGUGUGAGAUCACUGAUCUAAGUCCAUUGGCUCGUUGUGACAAGCCCAGCAGCUCAUGUUGAAAUUUCCGAGACGCGUGCUGAGCAAUUGACCAAUAACGACAGAGCGGAUCAGCAGACCAAUCAGAGCAGACUUGGCCCACGUGGGGUCUAACAGUCUGGGCUCAACAGAGUGCAGCUGACGGACUCAGAGCGUAGAGGGAGCAAGGAGGAGCAGUACUUGAAAACAGACACUUUAUUCGGACUUUAUCUAUUGUGAACGUACAAAAGUAGGUACAUAGAUUAAAUAUACAAACCCCAAAAAGGGAAUAAUAUGUGCUCUUUAAUAAUUCAUUUAACCAAGUAGUAAUGCUGGUGCCGAGUAGUGAGGGUGAUGACGUUUAACUGUUAAGUUGACUUAUUGCACACGUCCCUGAAAGUUUUGUGUCCAGGUUUAAACCUCUCUGACCUGCUGAGUUCUCGGUCUGUUUAUGAUCGCAAUGAGAUCUUUCUGAUUCAGAGUGUUUCUGUGUUUCUCUCAUGAGCAGCUGCUGAGGAUCAAACUGAAUUCAGAUCAGAUGAGUCAGCUUUGUGUAUUAAUGUCUGCGGUCUGAGUCGAUCAGUGGAAACAGCUGACUGCUCGUCCAGUUUGUUUCUUCUUCUUCAUGGAAUCCAUCAGAGACGAGAAUCAGACAUGUUCAGCUGCACGUUUGUUUCUCUGUGAAUCACUAAAAUCAUUUAAAGAUGAUUUCUGUUGAACAAAGUAAAAAAACUUUAACGAUGAGAUGUUUCUCAAACGUUUGUUCAGAGAGUCCAAUCAGUUAUACUAAAUAAAACAAAAUAAAAGUGAUCAGUUUGUGUUGUUAUUGACCUAAAACUUGAUAACAUAAUGUCCUCAGCACUUAAUAAUUUUAUUGAUUUCAUGGUAAUUUUAUUUUUACAAUUUUUUUGUACUAUUUUUAGUAUCUAUCUAUUUUUUGUACAUUCUUAACUUUUCUUUUUAUAUUUCAAUUGUACUGUGUUCACUUUCUGUUUGCAAUCUUUGCUCUUUACUGCUGUAACACUGUAAAUUUCCCCGUUGUGGGAUAAAUAAAGGAUUAUCUUAUCUUAUCUCUUAAAAUAACA